AUGAGGCGAGCGGGCAGCGGGAGCCCCGGGAGCAGCCCCGGGAGCAGCGCCGGGGCCCGGGGGGCAGCGCUGGCGCUGGCGCUGUGCGCGCUGUGCGCGCUGCCCGCGCCCGUGCCCGCCUGUAGCUGCGCGCCCGCGCACCCGCAGCAGCUGCUCUGCGAUGCUGCGCUCGUGAUCAGAGCAAAAAUCUCCAGUGAAAAGGUGGUUCCUGCCAGCGAUGAUCCCCUUGAUAGCCACAAAAUGAUCCGGUAUGAAAUCAAACAAAUAAAGAUGUUUAAAGGCUUUGAGAAGCUCAAGGAUGUCCAGUAUGUCUACACCCCUUUUGAUUCAUCACUCUGUGGAGUGAAACUAGAAGCCAACAACAAAAAACAGUAUCUUCUAACAGGCCAAAUUUUAAAUGAUGGCAAAGUGCUGAUCCACUUGUGCAACUACAUUGAGCCGUGGGAUGAUUUAUCCUUGUCUCAGAAAAAGAGCCUGAACCAGAGGUACCAGAUGGGCUGUGGCUGCAAGAUCACCACGUGCUACUCGGUGCCCUGCUCCAUCACGGCGCCCAACGAGUGCCUGUGGACGGACUGGCUGCUGGAGCGGCGGCUGCAGGGCCACCAGGCGCGCCACUACGCCUGCAUCCGCCGCAGCGACGGCACCUGCAGCUGGUACCGGGGCGGGCCGCCCCCCGAGAAGGAGUUCAUGGACAUCAGCGAGCCCUGAGCGCCCAACGGCCCCUCCAGCACCGCCCUGGGAGGCUCCUUCCAUCCCUCCGGCCCAGAAACCAGCACCGCGUCCCCAGAGGGCCCGUGGGGCUGGCACCGCUGCAGGGCGAGGGACAAACCUCCUGCAGGCACCUGCUCUGCUCUGUUAUGCUUUGCGCAGAGGGCUGGCAGCGUCCUCCAAGGCACAACAAACCCCCUUCUUGCCAAUACGAAUGUACGAGAAUAAAAUUUUUCCAGAAUUUUGCCAAUGCGAAAGUUUGAGAACAAAUUUUGCCGGAAUUUUUCUCCAAUUUUGCCAUUAUGAAUGUUCAAGAACAAAAAUUUUGCCAAUAUCAAUGUUCGAGAACAAAUUUUUUGAGAA